GGGGGAGGACGUUGGCGUGCGCGGUGACGUCAGAGAGGGGGCGGGCGGCUCUGCUAAUGCUGCGGCUGCGGCGGCCGCAGUAGGGGCUGGAGUGGGCGGCAGGGUUAAAAUUCCACUCCUGGUUUGACCGACACUUGCCCUUCAUCAUGGGGGAGCUUUUCAGAAGUGAGGAGAUGACCCUGGCCCAGCUUUUCCUCCAGUCGGAAGCUGCAUACUGUUGUGUCAGCGAGUUAGGAGAGCUUGGGAAGGUUCAGUUUCGUGAUUUGAACCCUGAUGUGAAUGUGUUCCAGCGUAAGUUUGUUAACGAAGUCAGGAGAUGUGAGGAGAUGGACCGGAAACUCAGGUUUGUUGAGAAGGAGAUUAAAAAAGCGAACAUCCCAAUCCUGGACACCGGUGAGAACCCAGAGGUGCCUUUCCCACGUGACAUGAUCGAUUUAGAGGCAAACUUUGAAAAAAUUGAAAAUGAGCUUAAAGAGAUCAACACAAACCAGGAAGCUCUGAAGAGAAACUUCCUAGAGCUGACAGAAUUAAAAUGUAUACUGCGCAAAACUCAGCAGUUUUUUGAUGAGGCUGAAUUGCAUCAUCAGCAGAUGGCGGAUCCAGACCUGCUGGAGGAAUCCUCUUCGCUCCUGGAGCCGAGUGAGAUCGGAAGAGCUGCCCCUCUACGACUUGGAUUUGUGGCCGGCGUGAUCAACCGUGAGCGAAUCCCUACCUUUGAGCGCAUGUUGUGGCGAGUGUGUCGAGGAAACGUAUUCCUGCGUCAGGCUGAAAUCGAAAUCCCCCUGGAGGAUCCUGUGACGGGAGACUACGUGCACAAGUCUGUGUUUAUUAUUUUUUUCCAAGGUGAUCAGCUAAAAAAUAGAGUCAAGAAAAUCUGUGAAGGGUUCCGUGCCUCCCUCUACCCUUGCCCAGAGACACCGCAGGAGAGGAAGGAAAUGGCUUCUGGAGUCAAUACCAGGAUUGACGAUCUUCAAAUGGUGCUGAACCAAACAGAGGAUCAUCGCCAGCGGGUCCUGCAGGCAGCUGCUAAAAAUAUCCGUGUCUGGUUCAUCAAAGUGCGGAAGAUGAAGGCUAUCUACCAUACCCUGAACCUGUGUAACAUUGACGUGACCCAGAAGUGUUUGAUUGCUGAAGUCUGGUGCCCCGUUGCUGACCUCGAUUCCAUCCAGUUUGCUCUCAGAAGAGGAACUGAGCACAGCGGAUCCACUGUUCCAUCCAUCCUGAAUAGGAUGCAAACCAAUCAGACCCCGCCAACUUACAACAAAACCAACAAGUUCACUUCUGGCUUUCAGAAUAUAGUAGAUGCAUAUGGCAUUGGAACUUACCGGGAGAUAAAUCCAGCUCCGUACACGAUUAUCACUUUCCCGUUCCUGUUUGCUGUGAUGUUUGGAGACUUUGGGCAUGGAAUCCUGAUGACGUUAAUUGCCGUGUGGAUGGUGGUUAGGGAAAGUCGCAUUCUGUCACAGAAGAAUGACAAUGAGAUGUUCAACACCAUUUUUAGUGGUCGGUACAUCAUCCUGCUAAUGGGAGUCUUCUCCAUGUACACUGGCCUUAUCUACAAUGACUGCUUCUCCAAAGCACUUAAUAUGUUUGGCUCAUCAUGGAGCGUCCGGCCGAUGUUCUCGAAAGGCAACUGGACAGCAGAGUUGCUUCAGAACACCCCUGUCCUGCAGCUGGAUCCUGCCGUGGCAGGGGUCUUUGGUGGACCAUAUCCAUUUGGCAUUGACCCGAUUUGGAAUAUUGCCAGCAACAAGCUGAACUUCCUCAACUCCUUUAAGAUGAAGAUGUCUGUGAUUCUUGGCAUCAUCCACAUGCUUUUUGGUGUCACACUGAGCCUUCUCAACCACAUCUAUUUCAAGAAACCACUGAACAUCUAUCUUGGGUUUAUUCCUGAAAUGAUUUUCAUGUCAUCAUUGUUUGGCUACCUUGUUAUCCUAAUUUUCUACAAGUGGUCUGCCUAUGAUGCUCACACUUCAAAGGAUGCACCAAGCCUUCUAAUCCAUUUUAUCAACAUGUUUCUUUUCUCCUAUGCCGAUCCCAGUAACAAGAUGCUUUAUAAAGGACAGGUAGGGCUUCAGUGCUUCCUGGUGGUUGUCGCGCUGCUGUGUGUGCCAUGGAUGCUGGUAGUUAAACCCUUGGUCCUUCGCCAUCAAUAUUUAAGAAGAAAGCAUUUGGGAACUCACAACUUCGGUGGGAUCCGGGUGGGCAAUGGACCAACUGAGGAGGAUGCCGAGAUCAUUCAGCAUGACCAACUUUCUACCCAUUCUGAAGAUGGGGAUGAGCCUGCAGAGGAUGAGGUGUUUGAUUUUGGGGAUACGGUGGUACAUCAGGCCAUCCAUACCAUUGAGUAUUGCCUGGGGUGCAUUUCCAACACAGCAUCCUACCUGCGGCUUUGGGCGCUCAGCCUGGCCCAUGCACAGCUUUCCGAGGUGCUCUGGACCAUGGUGAUUCACAUUGGCCUCAGUGUGAGAAGUUUCGCUGGAGGUUUUGCUUUGUUCUUCAUAUUUGCUGCUUUCGCUACCUUGACUGUGGCAAUCCUUCUGAUCAUGGAGGGCCUGUCGGCGUUCCUUCAUGCGCUCCGUUUGCACUGGGUUGAGUUCCAGAAUAAGUUCUACAUUGGCACUGGAUUCAAGUUCCUCCCGUUCUCAUUUGACAACAUCCGUGAAGGAAAAUUGGACGAUUAGACCCUCCCCCUCAGCCUAACUGAGCAGUGUUAGACUCGAAUGCUGGUGUGUUGUGCUGUGGUUAGCCCUUGUCCCCUGUGUGUUUUGUGUUGUGAAGUUAUGUGUAGCUCCCCUGCCAUGAUGUGCUGCUUCUGAGAAAAUAACUUCUACUGCAGCGCCCGAAGUAUCUGUCUGAGGCUGUUAAGUGGAGAGUUGUGAUGUCCCUGUAGCAAGCUUAGCUGACAUUGCUUCAGAGUCACUCCUUUCCACCCUAAGCAAACAGCUUGUUUAGUGCUGGAUGUGUUUACAGUGGGGGUUGCAUAGGAAAUGUCUGGACUUGGUGUAUUUAAUCAUGUAUCGGUUUAUGAUGUUGUACAGUAAUUAGCUCCUUGGCAGAUCCCCGUAAAGCACUGUAGGGAAAAUACAGCCUCCUAUUGCAUAAGGAACAGGACGUGCCCGUAGCCCAGCUAAUCUGAGAGGGAAGCAUCAGACUCUUCCCUCUAACUGUCUUUGCUGCCUCUGUUUAAACGAACUGAGAUCCCCUGAUGCACAGAGGGGUCUUGGGGAAAGCUGGGGCCAUGUGCAACCCAGAGCAGUCCCUCUUGCUUCCACCUGUGCAGCAUUCUUACUGUGCUUGAGUGAGGGGUUCUUGUGAACGGUGCUCUCGUCACACCGUCCUAGCUCAGGGAGCCGGGGGCAACAGCACACUUCCCUCCCUCGGCUGUAGCCUCCUUCCAUCUGCAGUUGCAGUUUCUAGCCUGCGGCAUUCUUUCCCGCUGCCUGGUGGAUGGGUCCUGGCACGCUUUGCAGAAGGGUCCACUCACACUUUCCAGCCCUGCCUGUACUCUCAGCCCAGGGAGGCGGGUCUCUUGUUUCCUCAGCAAUGGCCCAGCAUUUCUCAAACUCGACACAGGCAUGUGCCCAGAAUUUGCCCACCACGGUCUGCACCUCACUUACCUAAAACAGAACCCAGCAUCCAUGCUCCGCUGUAACCUGGGGAGCAUCCUGCAGGGCCUGCCAGCAGGGACUGGCUUACCCUGGCACAGCCUGACCCUGCAGCCUGCACGUUUGUGUUGUCAUGGGGGCUGCAGUUUGUCUGCCCUGCUGUCUGUGCAAAGAGAACUUACCUGCUUUCCCGCAACUCUCCAACAGCCCAGAUCCACAUGUGCUCCAGGCACGCAAGCCAAACAAACCCAGGGCUGGUGCAGUGGGGCAGGGAGUGUUUUCUGUUUCCUCUCUAGGACUGGGGUCAGUGACCUUCCCCACAGAAUCAGUCAGGGCUGUUUGGGCUGUUGGCAAAGUGGAGAACCAGGCAGGGUCUUUGGGCUAUUCAGUUCCCUCAAGGGCCGAACGCUGGACUUCCACAAAAUUCCCAGCUCUGGCUGACCCAGAGAGCAAGGCCCUGGAUUCAGAGACCUUGUGACUAGAUCAGUGCCAGGGUCCUGCUUUGAACUGGGGACGGUCCGUGUGGUGUGGGAGGGCUGGGCAGAUGUCAGUCCAUAAUGGACCGGAGUGGUGGAAGCAGGACUUCCUGGGCAUUUGUUUGGUCCCUACUGGAGCUGCAGCCUAUAGUCAUGAAGGUGUUUCUCUCCCUUCUGUUACGCAUGUACGUGUGCACAGAUAACCGCAUGUGCUACCAUGGAAUCUGUCUCACUUCUUCUGGUCUCAGAGGCUCCACUGCGAUUGUGUCUGUAUCUCUCCCUCUGUCAACGCUGGCCUAUUCUUAGCAAUCAUGCAACCAAGGAGAGUGAACUCUUGGCAUUUUGUUCAGAAAAUUCUGUUGUUCAUCAUGCUGCCCCUCGGGCUGGGCUGUGUGAUGCUGUCUCUAGGACUUGGACACCAAGUGCAGGGGCGGCUGGUAACGAUACCAGACCUAUGUGAAACUCCACAUUCUUCCCCUCCCAACGGAGUGGAGGGGAGUGGUAGGAGUCGCUCUGUGGGAUGUGGGCAUUGCGUUCCCUGCCGGAUUGGUGUGGCUGAAAGACGGGCUCUGGGCUGCUGGGCUGUCAGUUGUGCACCCGAAGUUAGUAAAAUCCGAUAUUCCAGGGACUCUGAGGGUUGGUUGUGCUAAGUAACUCCCACCCAGUCUGACAUCGGAUCAAGCGUUAGAUGGCAGAUAAUUGCCCCAGAGAACCUCCCAGGCAUGGCCAGUGUUACUGUCUGGCCUGACAGCCACACUUGUCCUGUCCAAAGAGUCACCUUGUGAAGGGGCAAAGGCAGGGACUCAUUGCAAUGGCCUCUGUGGGAACAGGAUUUAAAGAGGGUCGCUCGGAGGGCAGCAGGUGCCUGUUCCCUUGUGCAGGGUGUGACUGGUUGCUUGCCUUCCCCGUUGGAAAUAGCCUCCGGAGUGGUGAUGUGUGUUUAAGCCCUCUGGGUGGCACAGUCUGCUGUAAUGGAUGCGCUGGGGCGGAUAGAUACUAAUGAAACUGUGGCUGGAAUCAUUGAGAACUGGCCAUCCAAUGGGAAAAUGCCAUGAAAUGCAGGAUUCUCCAGCGUGGCGUGAGGGAAGUGCGCAGCGAGCACUAAAAGGAACAGUCCGAAUGUCUGAGCGAGGCUGGGUGGGGCAGACAGGUACAGCCGGGUGUGUCUAGCCAAGCCUCUGUGACUAUCCCAGGGGGGAGGUGUGGGACGCGCACGGGGAUUUGCACUAAUUGAGCCGGGUUCUGUUUACAUGUUGAUCUCACUGUGUUUACAAUCCUGUUUUGUGCAAAGUGCGAGGUGGCACAGUCUGCUGUAAUGGAUGCGCUGGUGUGCAGCCGAAGCAGUAACACUAACUACCUUGCUGGCUUUGUGACUCACCUGACACAUUACAUGGUUGGAGUUGUGUGUAA